GGACGACUACAUGGUGAGCGACAAGUGCGAGAACAAGUACUACGGCGCCGUGCCCACGACCGCCGGCCAGGCCAAGUGGUACGACAGGUACGUGGAGAUGGUGCAGGUGAUGUUCCCGUCGCUGUUCCCGUGGGUGGAGGAGGGGCCGUGCACGGAGGAGACGGGCCGCCAGGUCAUGAAGCUCGUCGGACUCCUGUACCUGAACGUCCUCAUCCUUGACUCGAUCCUUGUGCGCGACCUGAGCCAGCUCGAGGGCCACUCUCCCGUCACGUCCUUCUUCUGCAUCAUCUUCUUCCUCAGCAUCCUCUACAUCCUGCUGCGCAUCUCCCGGAAGCCACAAAACAGGCGCUCGCUGCCCUUCCUGGCGCCGGGCCUGCCCUGGGUGCCGGCCGUCGCUAUCACCAUCAACAUCUAUCUCAUCUUCAAGCUGUCCAUCCUGACUCUGAUCCGGUUCGUUCUCUGGAUGACCAUUGGCUUCAUCAUCUACUUCUACUACGGCAUCAAGAAGAGCACGGUGGGCACGGGCGAGGACGCGGACAUCGAGGUGCACGUGCUGCCCAGCCAGAUCCGCCCUCCGGCGCCCGCCGCCUCCGACGCCCUCUCGCCCUCGGCCUCGCAGGCGGUCCCGACGGAGCACCUCGUCUCUCCCGGCAGCCAGGGCGGCGCAUACCAGCAGUCGCCGCAGCCGGAGGCGCAGCAGGACUCGCUGGCGCCCGGUGCCGUAAAGCAAGUGUACAUCUCGCCCAACCCCAACAACCCCUUCCGCUAGGCGUCCGGAGGCCCGGCCCGUGCAGGGAGCGAGGCGACGCGGCCGCAGGUCUGCCGGGGAGGGAAGCGGGAAGGCCCGCGGAGGUAAAGGAGGUGCCCGCUUGCCCCUUCUUGCGCUGCAGGCAGUGCCUCUUCAGCUGGUCCCCGAGGGACAAGCAGUGCCUUCGGGUAUGCGCGCCGCCGCGAGCGACAGUGCCUCGGCAGCGGGAGAAGGAGCCCGGGUCCGGUCCCUCGGCCCCGCUGGCUCGCCGAGGGCCCGACGCGGCGGAGGGCGGGCUGGCGCCUCAGGCGGUCCUCUUCUCAGCAAGAUUAAUAGCUAUAGAGAAAUAAUAAUAAUAAUAAUAAUAAUAAUAAUAAUAAUAAUAAUAAUAAUAAUGGUGAUGAGGAUGAUAAUGAUGAUGAUAAUAAUAAUAAUGAAAAGAAAAAAAAAUGUUAGUGAGCCGUUGGAUGUAAAGAGCGAUUUUUUCUACUUAAUCUGCGUUCACUGAGAGGGAGACCGCCUUCGAAGGCAGGAGGCCGACUCCGCCGCCACGGAAGCACGCCUGCAAGCAUCCGCCCCCCACCCCCACUCUCCCCCCGCCCGCAGGAAAGGGCCGGCCCGUCUC